AUGUCUGUCCUGCCACCGCCCUACACCCCGACGCCUGAUCCCAGCUGCAUCGCGAGCAGCUCGGAACCGCGCCCAGCCCUACCACUGACGCCGCUGCCCUCCUACACCGCAUCACCCAUCCUAUCGCCCACACUCGCCACACCCUUUGGCAAGACCUCACCACCUCAAUCCACACCUUUCGCCAGCACACACACUCACACUGGUACCGCACACGCCGCACACAGCGCCUUCGCAACACUGGCAGUGGCUCUCCUCGGGACAACGCUCGCCGACGUGCUCUACCUAGCGAUGGUCAAUCUGCUCGGCGUCCUCCUAACGGCCAUACAGCUGCCCAUGGCGGUGCUGCUCUGGCGCUCUCGCACGUCGCAGCAAGAAGCGGAGGAGACAGAGGGUAGGCCGAUCGGAAGAGGCGGUGCCAAAAAUGUCGAUUGGCUACGAUGGUUCACACAGAAGAUGUGGGACUGGCACGAUCGACUGGAGGAGGCGGAGCUGGAGACGCCGUCCAGUCGCGCGAGACACACUGGCUGA